AUGACUUCUCAAGUAGACCUAUUGGACAUGAUGGAGUCAAGAAGAGAGCGUUCAGGAUCGGCAAAUUCAAUUAUAAGCAUUCCCUCAGAAAGCGGAAAAGAUUGCAGAUUAUAUGAAGCCAUGAAUCUUCGAAGUCUGAUCAAAGCAAAGGAUGAGUUAGAUAUUUCUGCUUUUGACCGUACGAGGUUAUUCCAUCCAAGAAAACAAAGAUCUUGUCAUAAAAGAGCAGAACCAGUUUCCGAAGAACACCGUAAGAAAGAAAGCAGUAAGAAUUCAAGAGAAUACACAAAGAGAAAUCGAGAUGAAAUCAUCACGUGUCGAGCUUUAUUCAACAAAAUUCAUGCUCUGAAGUGUCGUUUCGAACAAAUUUUGUUUGAACUGAAAAGCGAUACAGUGGAAAAAUAUGUGAAAUCCGCCAUUAGAGAUUUGAUGACAAUUCUAGAAAAGUAUUCAAACUUUGGACCGGAUAUGAAGCAGAGAUUUGGAAUUCCGGACGCUGAAAGUUUUUUGGUUCAUUAUCGAGUGAAAGCAGAUGAAGCAAUGUUGUACCAACAUAGGCCAAACACACCAAAUCAUCAUAGAGAAAAACUGGAAGAGCUUGAGGAGCAAUUCGAAAAACUCACAAACGACAAAGAUAGUUUGAAUUCAUCAAAGGAUAAAACCAACUUUGCAUCUUCUAAAAGUAGAUUAAAUCAACGAAUUGUGAGAGAACGAUUAAAGACCAAUUGUUGGGAUUGUUGGAAUGAAAUCAACACAAUGGCAGUGCAAGCUGAAGAUCUACAAGAAUACGGUAACCAUUUGAAACAAGAAAUUUGGAACAAUAUUCUGGUCGUCUACCACAGUUUUCUUAGUAUACCAAAACAACAACCAUCUAUUCAAGAUGCGCAGCAAAUUGAUCGAAUUCUAGAAUACUUCCUUCCAUUCUCACGAAGAGGUGGAAUAUUUUCAAUCAAGUGGUGUCCAUUGAAAAUCGAGGUGAACAACAGUGAAAUGAUAGAACUCCAAUCACACGAACCUCUUUCGCCACCAAGUCUCGCCUCGACCCAGCAAGCGGACACAACAGACAGAAUGUCGCCGAUUCAACGACCAGAAAGUAUGGAUAUGAGUCAAGCAUUACCUCCACAUUUAAUGGAGAAACUUUUAAUUCAAGAUAGACUGAUAUCAACUACCCAAUUCACUCCACCUGCCUUGGCGUCUCCAUCAUUUACCCUAGCUCUUCCUACCGUACCUGCCGCAUCGAUAUCGGCAUUGAAACGGAAAUCAAGUCAACCACGUUUUAUUAGAUCAAGUGUAGAGAGGAAAGAUGAGCAUGGUAGCCCGGCAGUAAAAAGUUCACCUACAAAUGAUGAUGUCAUUACACCAUCUGACGUAACAACAAUGAAGAAGAUGAGGAGUGAAAUUGAAAUUAUUGAACCAACUGAAACAAAGGAAAAGCUAAAACAAAAAGAACUGUCGCGUCCACAAGCAACUUGCCCAGCAAUGGCGUCCACUUCACAAAUCAACCCUAUCUCAAUGCUUCCACCUCCAAUUCCAUUGUUCAAUCCUAAUCUCACUGAAGAUGUUACUCCAUUUGAAAUAUCCCCUGCGCUUAUACGAUUUAUGGAACAACAACAAGUGAUGGCUGCUUUCUUGAAUCAUGCAUUCCAAAACGUCAAAAAUAAUACGGCCUAA